GGGGAUUUCCAGCGCGCGAGAGGAAGUGCUGCGAGAGGGUGCGUGAGGGCGCGAGGGAGCGCGGCGCGGCGCGGCCGCCGCGUGCGCGAGCCGGGGUUGCAGCCCAGCAGGGACUUUCCAGCCGGCGGCGGCGGCGGCCGCCGGCCCUUCCCCGCCCCCCGACAUGGGGCUGCCCGGGGAGCAGGACGCUGCGGACCGCGGCGGAGGACGCGCCCGGAGCCCCUGAGCCGGCCGAGCGGGGCGGACCGCGGGGUAAGAGACUCCACUACAUUCUUUGAAGAAGGAUAAGACUGACACUGCUUCGCUUCUUUCUUUACCGAAGUCUCUUCCUCCCAGACCGAGCUUUGGGUAUCUUCCUUACAGCAUAUGACACACGGAAUUUCUCUUUCCUAAAAUGGAGUCAAGUAAAAAGAUGGACUCCCCCGGCACACUGCAGACUAACCCACCGCUAAAGCUGCACCCUGAUCGCAGCGCCGGGACGUCCAUUUUCGUCCCCGAACAAGGAGGUUACAAAGAAAGGUUUGUGAAGACCGUGGAGGACAAGUACAAGUGUGAGAAGUGCCGCCUGGUGCUGUGUAACCCGAAGCAGACUGAGUGUGGACACCGGUUCUGUGAGACCUGUAUGGCUGCUGUGCUGAGCUCCUCAAGCCCAAAAUGCACUGCGUGUCAAGAAAGCAUCAUUAAAGAUAAGGUGUUUAAGGAUAAUUGCUGCAAGAGAGAAAUUCUAGCUCUUCAGAUCUAUUGCAGGAAUGAAGGUGGAGGCUGCACAGAGCAGUUGACACUGGGACACCUACUGGUGCAUUUAAAGAAUGAUUGCCAGUUUGAAGAGCUUUCGUGUGUCCGUGCUGACUGCAAAGAAAAAGUGUUGCGAAGAGACCUGCGUGACCACGUAGAAAAGGCUUGCAAGUACCGAGAGGCCACAUGCCCCCACUGUAAAAGUCAGGUCCCGAUGAUCACACUGCAGAAACAUGAAGACACUGAGUGUCCCUGUGUGGUGGUGUCCUGCCCCCAUAAGUGCAGUGUCCAGACCCUUCUAAGGAGUGAGUUGAGUGCACACUUGUCAGAGUGUGUCAAUGCCCCCAGCACCUGUAGUUUUAAGCGCUAUGGCUGCGUUUUUCAGGGGACAAACCAGCAGAUAAAGGCCCAUGAGGCCAGCUCCGCAGUGCAGCACGUCAACUUACUGAAAGAGUGGAGUAACUCCCUGGAGAAAAAGGUUUCCUUGCUACAGAAUGAAAGCGUAGAAAAAAACAAGAGCAUACAAAGUUUGCACAAUCAGAUAUGUAGCUUUGAAAUUGAAAUUGAGAGACAAAAGGAAAUGCUUCGAAAUAAUGAAUCCAAAAUACUUCAUUUGCAGCGAGUAAUAGACAGCCAGGCGGAGAAACUGAAAGAGCUGGACAAAGAGAUCCGCCCCUUCCGGCAGAACUGGGAAGAAGCAGACAGCAUGAAGAGCAGCGUGGAGUCCCUCCAGAACCGAGUGACCGAGCUGGAGAGCGUGGACAAGAGUGCAGGGCAGGCGGCUCGGAACACAGGCUUGCUGGAGUCCCAGCUGAGCCGGCACGACCAGAUGCUGAGCGUCCAUGACAUCCGCCUGGCCGACAUGGACCUGCGCUUCCAGGUCCUGGAGACCGCCAGCUACAACGGCGUGCUGAUUUGGAAGAUCCGAGAUUACAAGCGGCGGAAGCAGGAAGCCGUCAUGGGGAAGACCCUGUCUCUUUACAGCCAGCCUUUCUACACGGGCUAUUUUGGCUAUAAGAUGUGUGCCAGGGUCUACCUGAACGGGGACGGCAUGGGGAAGGGGACGCACUUGUCGCUGUUUUUUGUCAUUAUGCGCGGAGAGUACGAUGCUCUGCUUCCUUGGCCAUUCAAGCAGAAAGUGACACUCAUGCUCAUGGAUCAGGGGUCCUCUCGGCGUCACCUGGGAGAUGCGUUCAAGCCGGACCCCAACAGCAGCAGCUUCAAGAAGCCCACCGGGGAGAUGAAUAUUGCCUCUGGCUGCCCAGUGUUCGUGGCUCAAACUGUGCUAGAAAACGGGACAUAUAUUAAAGAUGAUACCAUUUUUAUUAAAGUCAUAGUGGAUACUUCGGAUCUGCCCGACCCCUGACCGGUCACUGGGGAGGUGGAUUGAGCAGAAGGCAUCUCCUCUGGGGGGUUUGAACCGGCUGUCUCCACCGAGGUCCUCGCGCUCAGAAAAGGACCUUGUGGAACGGAGGAAGCAGCAGAAGGUGGCCGCGGGCCGGCGGGAGGAGCCACGCGUGAGGACACACCUGACAUGUUUUCUAAUAGACUAGCAACACUCCACUCUGAAGAAUUAUUUAUCCUUUGACGUGAUAAAUACUGCUGUCAGAGAAGGUUUUCAUUUUCAUUUUUAAAGAUCUAGUUAAUUAAGGUGGAAAACAUAUAUGCUAAACAAAAGAACCAUGAUUUUUCUUCCUGAAACUUGAACACCAAAAAAAGAAAACACACGCACACACACGCACACACACGCACACCUGGGGAUAGCUGGACAUGUCAGCAUGUUAAGUAAAAGAAGAAUUUAUGAAAUAAUAAUGCAAUUCUGAUAUAUUCUAAAAUUCAAGAGUGCAAUCUUGUUUCAAAUAUAGUAUAUUGUCUAUUUUUAAGGCCUCAUCUGGUCUCUGUUUUAAUAAUUUGUUUGUCAGAAGACCCUGAAGUACACCUAGGUCUUUUUUGAAAGUCUAAAUUCAGAAUCAUUUUUUAAUUUAAAGUUCUGAGAUAAUUGUUAUUGCAAACAUUUUAUUUUAAAACGUUGAUAGACUGAUAUUUCUUGGAAGAAAAUGUAAAAUAUCAAACACUGGUUAUCACUUGUGAUAGGAAAGAAAAUAUUCAAUCUGCUGUUAUUUCUCGUUAGAAAUGUAAACCUUCGAUAUCUGUCGUAGUUAAUGACACUACUUCAAAAUUAUUAUGAAAGGGAAACUGCUCAUGGAUGCUGUGCAUCAUUUUCAGAUUUAUAAUUGUUUUCACCCUAAAAUAGGGCAUUCGUUGAACUUUGGAGUUCUAAACAAAAUCCUGUAGGCUCUUACAAUUCUGCCCCAUGUGUUCAGACACGCUCUCUAUUGCUGACAACUCUGACCUUCAGUGUCCAGUGCCCGGGGGUGGGCAGGUGGCUCGUGCUGGAGGAGGCCACAGCAGGUGUGUUUCUUCAUUCUGUCACAUUGCUGCAUUUUGUUCACGAUCUCCAAAGGCAACAUCUUUGCGUAGAGGUGGUGGCAUACUGUACAUGUGCCUUAGAUGUGACAUGCUGCUUCUCGACCCUGGCUUUGUGUUCACCGUAACUCUCGGAGGUGAUAGUUUAACCCGACUUUUCUCUCGACCACUAGAUCUCUGCCUCUUCCCGGGCCCCCAGACAGCCCCGUUCCUGCUGGGGAAGCCAGGCCCAUCUUCAGCUUCUAGAGCCUCCACUGCUCAAUUAUCACAGAUUCCAAAUCUCUGGGCCCCAAACGUGAGCCGCCCAGUCCCAGCACGGGCGCGGUCCCCCCCGCCCCAGGGCAGGACCUCUCUGUGUCCCCACCCGGGUCGUGGGAGUCCACCCCCCACGAAGCAGAACCCUCUGAGCAUUCCAGAGACCGCCGCUCUUGGGGGCUGCCCAGGCUCACCGACGGGGCCCUGGAACCACCCUUCUCUCGGGAAGGGAGGUCUCGGGACCGUCGCAGCCUGCGCCUGCCCAGACGGCACUUUCUCAACUCACUGUUUACCUUCUCUCAAUGGUCCAACUGUGAUUAGAAGCCGGAGCCCUGCCUCUCUGUGCCCCUCUGCUAUGCACCACGCUUCAUGGGUGCUCUUACCACUGAUGGGUGCUACACGUGACGGGUGCUUCUUAGGCAAAACCAAUGUGUGUGAACCACCGCAUCUGUGCCGCUCAUCCAAAAGACGCGCCCCACGAUUGGCCAGCUGGGCCGCGCACCUCAGACUGCCUGCCUCUGGGCUCCCUCGUGGUCACGCGGGGACGGUUGGGCUGGUGCCCGGUGGCCCGCCGUGUCUCUGGUGCUGCCAUCUGCCCUGGGCGUGCCUCUGCCCCAGUGCCUGCUGGAAGUGCCCUCCUAACCCUCGCUGUCCCCUUCCAGAAGUGACCUGCCACGCCCUUUAGCAGUUCGAUGCUCCUUCUAUUCAUCUUUAUUUUCUCCACCCUAACCCCCCCCCAGUUGCUUUGAGGGCGAGUCUGUGAUCUCUGUCCUGUCCAUAAGGAGUCAUGUGUCCCUGUUCCUAGAGGAAGGACUUCCUGCAGGUGCUGUGGGACCACUGUUCCCUGGAAGGUGUCCCCGACCUCCUCCAGACUUUGCCCUGGUUCUACCCUGGACACACCCAGGGGGGAGAGGACGCUUGGCAGUCCCUGCCUGGCCUCUGGUGGCUUUCCUGAGGCCUGGGGUUACCGGCAGGGACAUGCCUGCAGCUUCCUCCCCCUUCACUAGAAGUAUGGACAAUAUUAACAAAUUAGAGAUAAGCAACAUCUCGGUCUGAUAAAAAAAAAAUACUUUGCCUUUCCUGGUUGAAAUUCUUCUGGAGGUGGGCCACCUGGAGGCACUUCUGGAAGCAUCUGUCCCUUGGUGGGGGGACUUUCCCAGCAGCCCCUCCCAGACCCGCUCCUGGCGGGAGAUGACAGGCCCUUUUGGCCUCCUUCCCCAGGAGCCCGUAGGACAUGGCAUCAGGAGCUGGCACCGUCCCCGGGGAUGAGCACGUGCCCAGCGGAGGCUUCAUCCCGUGGCUUGAAGAUAGUUGGUGAGAACGCGGGGGUCAUAGGCCUUUCGGCCGCUCUUUGGUACACAUCUUCGCUCUUGUGCGCUUGGGACUUUCUGGAAAGUGGCCUCCUGAAGAACCUGAGGGGGUGGCGCUGCCCAAGGGACGCACCUGCCGCUGCUUCCGUCCUGGCUCCUUGGUGCCCUGGUUUGGUGCUCGCCGCCUGGGGCCGGCCUCCUGGCUUCACAGGGUCCCUGCCGCAGAUGCACGUGUCACACACACUGUGGUGGGUGCACUUUUCCUGUUUCCUAAAAGUGACAAAAUUCCCCACGGGACAGACGUGUCCCAGAUGCUCUAGGGAAACCGACACCGAGUCUUGAGCGUGAACGAAGCGUCCGCCCGCCCUGGACGUGGGGCCGCUCCCUGUCCCCGGCCGCGUGGGGAAGUCGGGGUUUCCAGCUCCCGGGGCCGUAGACAGCGCGGAGGAGACCGCAGGAGCUCGUGAGCUUGUCCUAAGUCCUGUCCCAGCAGGAGGCGGCUCUGCCUCGAGGCAUCGCCGUGCGGGAGGAGGCGGCACCAGGGGCCACCGCGCGGCGCGUCCCCGGAGCAGCAUCUGCGGGCGGCAGGUCAGCCCGGGAGGCUCGGCCAACACGCUCGUCCCUUCCCGCGAGGCUGCUCCUGGGCCUGGGUCCCCGAGGGCCACAGAGCCCGGGGAGGCCGGUCCUCCUGGUGGCCGCCUCGCGGGCCCAGUUCGGGGGCCUCCCCUGCGCCCCGACCCCAGGCGCGGCCACCAACGCCUGCGCUGUCCUCGGCGGGCGGGUCCUGUCCCGAGGGCCGCGGCCGGCGGAGGGGGGCCCGUGGGGCUCUUGUCCUCGGGGCCGGGGACAGGGUGGCGGCCCGGCCCCGCAGCUCCCCCCGGGCGCACAGCUCCCUGCUCCGCCCCGAGGGCCGCCCACCCUGUCGCCGGCCUGUCCGCCAGCCUGCGGGGUGGCUCAUGCCCGGGCCCCGGCCCUGGGCGGUCAGCAGAGCUGUGACACACGGGUCCCCUGCCACUGUCCGGACCUUCCUCAGACUGCGGAGGAGAGUCGGGGGGCUCCAGGCCGGGGAGCCGCUUGAGAGGUGAACGACGGGUCUGUCACCCAAAUCUGCUUCUCCGCCCAAGACCAUGGUCCUGUCCUCAGUUUGCAAAUCUCGACAGUUUUAUUUUCUCCAAAGUAGAAUAAAUACGUCCACUGGGGUCUAAGGCAGGUGAGGUCCGGGGGUGGCCCCCGAGUCCGAGGUGACCUGCCUGCCCGGGGGGCACGGCCGUCACCAGGGAGCCCGGGCAGCGGGGAGGGAGCCCAGUGCCAGGGCCCUGGUGGCGCCGAGCAGUGCUUGCCUUUCAUUUCUCCUGCUGCUGCUGUAUCUCGAGUCCCUUGCGAACUCUUGCGUUGAAAAAGAGGUUCAAGUCCAGGAUGGCUGUACCACUCCUGCAAUUAGUGGUGAUCGGUUUUUAUGACUCAGUCCCCUAGUAGACAAGUAAGAUAACCUUCAACAGCAAACUAAAUGAGUUAAUUGGUAAACACAAAAGCCGGCAUUAUUUCCAAGGAUUUCUACAAGAAUUACCUAUAGAAUAACAUCUGUGAUCAAGGAAGUGUGUGAAUCCAUGUAGACAAUUGUGUCAGGUUUUAGAAUCGCAUUCUUUCUCUGAUGGCACACCUCUUCGUUCAGUUCUAUUACCCAAAAACAAAGACCAAAGAAGGCCAAUCUCUCAUUUGACUCUGUAUUUUUAAUCUGUUUUAAAAAUUGCCGUCUGUAGUAACCGCUGGCUGUGAGGACCCAUCUUGACACUCCAAGUGAUUGUGACCAGUGAUUCACGUCCUGUGUUUUUCUGCUCUUCUAAGACAAAAAAAAAAAAAAAAAAAAAAAAGACAGUAUAAGUUAUUGCUCAGCAAUAAUCAUGUUGUUAAUGUGAGUUAACAACAUGUCUGAUUUUCUGAUAGCAUUAUUAUGUUUUAUAUUUUCGUUAAUUGUAUAUCGUGUGUGGUUUUAUUUGGUAUUUAUUUGUGUUUUGAGGUCUUGCGAUGUUUUUGUGUUUCUGAUGCUAAUAACUGAAGUUUGUAAGAGUGUAGAAUGCAAAACUUUGAAAUGCUAAACUGUCUGAUUAGAGGAAAAUAAAUCUGACUAAGGAG